UUAUAGACCGGGUUCGUCUUAGCAUCUCUGAAAGGGGUCCCAGCGGAUGCCUUACUCGCUUAUUCUCGUAUGGCGGAUACGCUGGCAGACCCGCGUUUUCGCGACUACAACAACAUCAACCAUCUACACGUCAAAUGCGAAACGCCGCUGGACCGACGCGCAAGUGCCCCCGAAUUAGGUAUAGAGGUGUGCAAUAUUAUGCAUCCAAAUCUUUCUCCGCCGAGAGGAUUCCGAUUAUUGCCGUAUAUUUUUGCUAGUUAGUCAUGUUCCGGCGCGUCCAGCAGGAUGAGUCGCGCCCAAAGUCGUACCGAGCGCCGCGGAAGCCUGCGCGGCCGCGCAGAUUAUGCAUCGCUAUAAUCACGUCCGUCGUCAUGUGGUCUGUGGUCUGGUACCUGUUCCGCUCCCCGGUCCCGUCCAGGGACCCCGGCCGCUUCGCCCAGUCCGCCGGGUCUGUCUGCCCGGCCCCGGAGCUGCAGAAGGAUAUCCUGGUGGUGCUCCGAACGGGCGCCACCGAGGCCCUCGUCAAGCUGCCGGUUCAUUUCCAGACCAUCCUGCAGUGCGUCGACGACUAUGUCAUCUACUCGGACAUGGAGGAGGUCAUAGACGGCCACCACGUUUUCGACGUCCUCAGCCAGGUUAACCAUACGUUGCUGGAUGACCUACCCGAAUUCGAGCUGUACAAGCAGCUCCGCACGGAUGGUAGGGCGGGCCUGGAGUACCAGACCAUCUUCGGUAGCGGGCCGUCGGGUGCCGUCGACAACCCCGGGUGGAAGCUGGAUAAGUGGAAGUUCCUCCCCAUGGUCGACCGGGCGCUCCAGUACCGGCCGCACGCGAAGUGGUUCGUGUUCGUCGAGGCGGACACGUACAUGGUGUGGCAGAACAUGGUGGAGUACCUCUCCAAGUUCGACGCGAGGCAGCCGUACUAUCUCGGCAAACACAUGUACAUAUCGGAUACCCUCUUCGGCCACGGCGGGUCCGGGUUCAUGCUCAGCAACCCGGCCGCGAGGAAGGUGUCGGACCACUGGAACGAGCACCGCGAGCAGUGGGACAAGUUCACGAGGGAAGAGUGGGCCGGCGACAUGGUGCUGGGCAAGGCGCUCAAGGACGUUGGCGUGGACAUGUUCUGGGCGUUCCCGCACCUGCAAGGGGACAGUCUUACGGCGAUGGACUGGAACGUUUCGAAGAUCGGCCGCGAGCCCUGGUGCUUCGCGCCGAUCACCUUCCACCACAUGGCCGUGACGGAGUUCAACACGCUGUGGCGCUUCGAGCAGGAGUGGCAUCGUCUGAACCCCACGAGGGGCCCGCUCCGCUUCCGCGACAUCUUCAAGGACCUCGUGCGCCCGCAGCUCCAGCCCAAGAGCGGCGACUGGGACAACCUAUCCGCCGGGACCGAGUACAGCGAAGGGGCCCUCGAGAGGCUCUCGGAGCAGGACCGAUCGCAGCUGUCCCCCGCCGAGCAGGAGGCCCGUCUAUCCCUCGAGAAGUGCCAGGCCGCCUGCGAGAGCAAACCCAAAUGCAUCCAGUUCUCCUACGCCACAGGGAAGUGCAUGACCUCCGACCAGUUGCGGCUUGGGCACGCGGUAUACCCCGUCGGAUCCACAGUAGGGAGAGGUGAGGCCAAAGCUGCCCCUGAGCCGCGAAACCCGAUCAAGUCUGGCUGGAUAGCGAGCAGGGUUUCGAGCUACGUCCAACAGCUAGAUAUGUCGUGUGAUAGCGGCAAAGCGAAAAUUUGGGUCGUAUAAGGAUAUUCUGUUGUUCAGGCUGAAGGGGAUUCGAUGUAGGUAUAGGGUGUGGCAGAAUAGUAGGAAUACUUGUAUAUAGC